UAAAGUGUCUUAUUUUUGUUUUUCUGAGUUAACCACUCUUAUAGCCAACAAUUUAGCUCAGCAUAGACAUGGGAAUCAAGGUUCAUGGGAUCCCUCACGGUGCCACCCUUCGUGUUUUGGCCACGCUACAAGAAAUGGAGAUCGAUUACGAAUUGGUUCUAGUUGACAUGAGAUCCGGUGCUAUUAAACAAGAACCUUUUCUUUCUCUUAAUCCAUUUGGUCAAGUUCCAGCAUUUGAAGAUGGAGAUCUCAAUCUAUUUGAAUCAAGGACAAUUACAAAAUACAUAGCACACACCUACGAAGGCAAAGGAGCUUCUCUUAUAAACAAAGACAAAAACAAAAUGGCAAACAUGGCCGUGUGGAUGGAAGUCGAGGCUCACCAAUUCGAUCCUAUAGUUAGUAAACUCAUUCAUGAGCUUCUUUACAAGGUUCAUUUCGGCAAGAAAACAGACAACGCGAUUGUUGAGGAGAAUGAACCUAAGUUUGCUAAGAUCCUCGACGUUUAUGAAGCUCGUUUGGCAACGUCAAAGUACCUAGCUGGUGAAUGUUUCACAUUGGCUGAUCUUCACCAUUUGCCUUCACUUAACUACAUGAUGCGUACAAAAGUGAAGCAAUUGAUCGAUGAACGCCCUCAUGUUAGUGCUUGGUGUAAGGAUAUCUUGGCUAGGCCUGCUUGGCAAAAAGUUUGGGCUUUGCAUAAAAGAGGUUGAACUAAAGUUUGUUCUUAAAUUGUUUUAAUUUGAUGUUUUAUUGAUUGUGUACCAAGGUUAUGAUUGUAAUUUGAAAUAUAUUGCAUUUAUAAAUCUAUAUAGGUUCUUUCUUAAUUUUUAUUUAUGAAAUAAUAAUUUUUUUAUGCAAAAUUAUUAAAAAAAUUAGGAAAAUUUGUUGAAAACCAUCUUAUAACAACCAAAUUUAGUUGAAAUCCAUCUUAAUUUUUUUUUUUUUUGUCAAAGCACAUCUGUUUAAAUUUUUUUUGUUGAAUCCCACCACUUUUCGAAUUUCGACUAUUGAUUGACAUUUUAGCGUUGAUUAGCAUAUGCACCUCACGUGACUUACUUAA